UCUCUUUCCCCAGGUGAUUCCUGCUUUGACCUUGCCCUGUGUGAGCAGCUCCUCAACAUGAGCUGCAGCCUCCGCUUGAUCUUCACGUGCCUAAGUCUCUUCACUCAGAGAUUGUGUGUCCAGGGGAAUCGGUUUAACGUCGAGGUAGGCAGAAGUGACAAGCUUUCCCUGCCUGGCUUUGACAACCUCACAGCAGGAUAUAACAAAUUCCUCAGGCCUAAUUUUGGCGGAGAACCAGUUCAGAUAGCACUGACUCUCGACAUUGCAAGCAUUUCUAGUAUUUCAGAGAGUAACAUGGACUACACAGCCACCAUAUACCUCCGACAGCGCUGGACGGAUCAGCGACUGGUGUUUGAAGGAAACAAGAGCUUCACUCUGGAUGCACGCCUUGUAGAUUUUCUCUGGGUCCCUGAUACUUACAUCGUGGAAUCCAAGACAUCCUUCCUCCACGAAGUCACUGUGGGAAACAGGCUUAUUCGCCUCUUCUCCAAUGGCACGGUCCUGUAUGCUCUCAGAAUCACAACAACUGUUGGAUGUAACAUGGAUCUGUCUAAAUACCCCAUGGACACACAGACAUGCAAGUUGCAGCUGGAAAGCUGGGGUUACGAUGGGAAUGACGUGGAGUUCAGGUGGCUGAGAGGGAAUGACUCUGUGCGUGGGCUGGAAAACCUGCGGCUUGCUCAGUACACCAUACAACGGUAUUUCACCUUAGUCACCCAGUCACAGCAGGAGACAGGAAAUUAUACACGAUUGGUCUUGCAAUUUGAGCUUCGGAGAAAUGUCCUGUAUUUCAUUUUGGAAACCUAUGUUCCUUCCACUUUCCUGGUGGUGUUAUCCUGGGUUUCAUUUUGGAUCUCCCUCGAUUCAGUUCCUGCAAGAACCUGCAUUGGUGUGACCACUGUGUUGUCAAUGACCACACUGAUGAUCGGAUCCCGCACUUCUCUUCCCAACACCAACUGCUUCAUAAAGGCCAUCGAUGUGUACCUGGGGAUCUGCUUCAGCUUCGUGUUUGGGGCCCUACUGGAAUAUGCGGUUGCCCACUACAGCUCCUUACAACGGAUGGCAGCCAAAGAUAGGGGGACAGCUAAGGAAGUGGAAGAAGUCAAUAUUACUAACGUCAUCAACAGCUCUAUCUCCAGCUUUAAACGGAAGAUUAGCUUUGCCAGCGUUGAAAUCUCCAGUGAUAAUGUCAACUAUAGUGACCUGACAAUGAAAACCAGUGACAAGAUCAAGUUUGUCUUCAGAGAUAAAAUGGGCAGGAUCAUUGACUAUUUCACAAUUCAAAACCCCAGCAAUGUCGAUCGGUAUUCCAAGCUACUGUUUCCUUUGAUUUUUAUGCUGGCCAAUGUAUUUUAUUGGGCACACUACCUGUAUUUUUGAGACUCCAACCUUGAAUUUUUUGCAUGCCACUGGUC